AUGGCUCGUAGUGAAGAUACUCAUAUACCAUUAAUUAAUUCAAUUGAAGCUGAGUCUUCAUCGGCUACUAAAAAGACUGACUCGCUUGAAGUAGUUAUAUUACCUUCUAAAACGGCAAUUACUAUGGAUUCAAAUGUUUUCAACAACGAAAAACGUCAUCUUCAUUAUCUUAAAAAACAAACAACUAUUGACAGAACGUCAUUAUCUAAUAUCAGUCGUCGAUUAGCCAUGCGAAAAAAAUUACAUAAUCGAAUUACUUUUGUGACUGAUAUCAUGUGUUUUCUUGGUAUUUUGGGAGUUAUUCUGAUGAUUAUUGAAAAUGAAAUAACAUUUUCUAGAAUCAAUACUGACGACACCAUAUUAACUUGGUCUAUCAAACUAAUUAUUACUUUUUCAACAGUUAUUCUUAUUGGGCUUAUCAUGCACUAUCAUUAUUUAGAGGUAUCUCUCUAUGCUGUUAAUAACGCAAUUGAAGAUAGCCGUGUUACAAUAACAACGAAGAGAAUAUUUUUAAUUGUAUUUGAAAUAGCAGUUUGUUCUAUCCAUCCAAUACCUCGUUCAUUUCCUCGUUAUUUGAAUGCAUCAUUAAUAGAGAAAAGUUCAAAUUCAUCCACACCUCCUUCUUAUUCAUUGUCUUAUAUGGAUACUGAUGUUGCUCUUGGUCUGCCAAUGUUUGCCCGUCUUUAUUUGAUUUUUCGUUUUUUGAUGUUUCAUUCGCAUUUAUUUCUUGAUGCAUCAUCACGAUCCAUUGGUUAUUUGAAUAAGAUAUCAAUUGAUUAUUUCUUUCUCAUUAAAACUUAUCUUGAAAAAGAUCCAAUACGUACUUUAACAAUACUUUGUAUAUGUCUCUUUCUUAUUGGAAGUUGGUGCUUACGUGCAUGCCAUUGCUCACCAGCGAGUGAGCAAGCUUCAAUGCUCAAUUCAAUGUGGUUAUUCGUUGUAACAUUUACUACUGUUGGCUAUGGAGAUUUUACACCUUCGACAUAUUGUGGACGAAGUGUCUCUGCUAUAACCAGUUUGGUUGGUGUCUUUUCAACUGCACUUGUUAUUGCUGUUCUUGCACAAAGACUUCUAAUGAAUCGAAGAGAAAAAUAUGUACAUAAUUUUGUAUUGAAUAUUCAAUUAACAAAAGAAUAUAAAUUACAAGCAGCAAACGUGAUGAAAUUUGCAUUCAAAGUUUGGUAUAUGAGACAUAAAAAAGGAUCUGUAUCAUCUUUUCAACAUCUUCAAGUAAAACGGCAACUAUUUGAGGCAAUACAUUUGUUUCAUGAAGUUAAACAAAAACAAAAAAAAUUAAUCGACUGUUGUGUUGAUCAUGUUGAUUUACUUGCUAUUCAGCGUAACACAAGUGCUCAAACAUAUGAAGCCACAGAACAAUUGAAGACGAUGAAAGUUAAAAUUGAUAACAUAGAAGAAAAACUUCUUGAGAUGAACAUAAAUAUGAAUAAUACAAUAGAUAAUAUAGAGAGAAAAUUGAAUAUGUUAUUGGAUAAAUUUUCAAAAUAA